UUAGGACCCGGCGGGGCUCGGCGGACUAGGGCUAAGGGUCGGGGAGGUCGGGAGCGCGCCCGCGAUUCCGGAGCAGUGGCGGCGUUGCCGGAGUCGGGAGCGAGCAGGCCUGCGAGCGGCUGGGGUGCUGGAGGAGGAGCGGGGGGCUCGGUUCUCUAGCCAUGGCACAAGUAGAGAAACGAGGCGGCUUGCUCCGGAAAUCCUCAGCGUCAAGAAAACCGCUAAAGGAAAAAGUGGUGCUGAUGUAUGAUGAGAUUUUUAUGACGGAGGACCCCAGUAAGUGUAGUCCUCGGUUUUGGGAGGAGCUCUUCCUCAUGAAGGUGAAUUUAGAGUAUCUAGAAGGCAAGCUGGAGUCUCUGGAUGGUGAGGAGUUAAUGAAGAUCAAGGACAAUGUAAACUGUUUAUUUCAACACUGUAUCCAGGCUCUAGGAGAGGAGCAUCCAAUCAGAGUUGUCAAUGCAUUGCAGACCUUGUGUGCACUAAUUCGAGGAGUCCACCAGAAGAAUAAAUCUACAUCUGGAUUUGACAUUAUCAACAUGCUGAUGGGGUUUGACAAAGCGGAGCUGUGCAUGAAGAACUUGAUGGAGAGUUUGGAUUCCUUACUGUGUGCAGAAGGUUCUGAGAGCCUGAAGAGUUUGUGUCUGAAACUUCUUCUUUGCUUAGUGACUGUUACAGACAACAUCAGUCAGAAUACUAUCCUGGAAUAUGUAAUGAUCAACAGUAUAUUUGAAGCAAUUUUACAGAUACUGUCCCAUCCUCCAAGUCGUAGAGAGCAUGGCUAUGAUGCUGUUGUCCUCUUGGCUUUGCUGGUGAACUACAGAAAAUAUGAGUCUGUGAAUCCUUAUAUUGUGAAGCUGUCUAUUGUGGAUGACGAGGCUACGCUCAAUGGAAUGGGGCUUGUGAUCACUCAAGCUUUAUCUGAGUACAACAGGCAGUAUAAAGACAAGGAAGAAGAACACCAGAGUGGUUUUUUCUCUGCCUUAACAAAUAUGGUGGGCAGCAUGUUCAUAGCAGACGCCCCUGAGAAAAUCUCGGUACAGACCAAUGAGGCCAUUCUUCUGGCACUUUAUGAAGCUGUCCAUUUAAAUAGAAACUUCAUCACAGUGUUAGCUCAGAGCCAUCCAGAAAUGGGGUUGGUGACAACCCCUGUCAGUCCUACUCCAACAACCCCAGUCACACCACUUGGAACCACUCCACCCUCUUCUGAUGUUAUAAGUUCUGUGGAACUCUCACUGGAUGCAGAUGUACAGACCAGUAAUCUACUGAUAACCUUCUUAAAGUAUAGCUCCAUUGUCAUGCAGGACACUAAAGAUGAACACAGGCUUCACAGUGGCAAACUCUGUCUGAUUAUCCUUACAUGUAUUGCAGAGGAUCAGUAUGCCAAUGCAUUUUUACAUGAUGACAACAUGAAUUUUCGAGUAAACUUACAUAGAAUGCCUAUGAGACACAGGAAGAAGGCGGCUGACAAGAACCUUCCUUGCCGUCCCCUGGUGUGUGCAGUCCUGGACCUGAUGGUGGAGUUCAUUGUAACACACAUGAUGAAGGAGUUCCCUAUGGAUCUCUAUGUGCGGUGUGUCCAGGUUGUGCACAAACUGCUGUGUUACCAGAAGAAGUGUAGAGUCCGCCUGCACUAUACCUGGCGGGAGCUCUGGUCAGCCUUGAUAAACUUGCUGAAGUUCCUUAUGUCAAAUGAAACUGUACUUUUGGCCAAACACAACAUUUUUACAUUGGCCCUUAUGAUUGUGAACCUAUUUAAUAUGUUUAUCACAUAUGGUGACACAUUCCUGCCGACCCCCAGCAGCUACGAUGAGCUUUACUAUGAAAUUAUCCGAAUGCACCAGAGCUUUGACAAUCUCUACUCCAUGGUCCUUAGGCUUUCUACCAACGCAGGCCAGUGGAAGGAAGCAGCUAGCAAGGUGACACAUGCAUUGGUUAAUAUCAGAGCCAUCAUCAAUCACUUUAAUCCCAAAAUUGAGUCGUACGCUGCUGUGAAUCACAUAUCUCAACUCUCAGAAGAGCAGGUACUAGAGGUGGUGCGAGCCAACUAUGACACACUCACAUUGAAACUGCAAGAUGGCCUGGACCAGUAUGAGCGCUACUCCGAGCAACACAAGGAAGCUGCCUUCUUCAAAGAGCUGGUUCGAUCCAUUAGUACCAACGUCCGGAGGAACCUGGCCUUCCACACACUCAGCCAGGAAGCCCUCCUGAAGGAAUUCUCCACCAUCUCCUGAGGCUGCACCUCCUGAGAGCCACUGACUGCCCUUACCAUGAGGCUCCUGGGCUGGAGGGCAAGCACAGGGACAGGGGACUGCCUUCAAGGUUGGAGAGACGCACAGACACCGAGAGUCUUGGUGAAGGCCAUGCUUCAGCGAGCUGGGGCAAGCCCAGGGUUAUUUAGGGAGAAAUGGGCGGGCAGCAGGAAAGGCAUGUGGGGCUCUGGGCUGCAUUUGCUGGGUACUGCCUCAUGAUCCUUCUGGCUUCUGAUUCUUGAGGUGCUGGUGGGGCAGGCCUCAGCUGAGCCAACACUCCGAAGGCCAGUCAGUGGCUGCUGUUGGCUGCGAUGCCACAUCCGGGAGCUGAGCGAGGCCCCUGCCCCUGCUGCAGUCCUUGGUACUUCUGCCCAGACUAGAGUAGGUCAGAGAAAUGGAGAUUGGAAUCACCUGGUGCCCUGCUGGCUGGCCUCUACUCUCUGGAGUUUGGUUCUGGCACCAGGAGCACCUGUCCACUCUCCCCGGCCUUCCAGCCAUUGACUCAUCAGCACAAUAGGCCCACAACUUUAGCCUUUCAUUUUCAGUCUGUUUUAAACUGUCUUAAGAGAGUGUGUGUGAAAUAAACAUUGACAGGUUUUCUGGAGCCCUCAAGGUGCCUACUUUGCUGGUUCCCUUUCCAGCAGCCCUCCCCCCCCCCUCCAAUGGGAGCCUGGAUGAGCUGUUGAACACCCUCACCCUGCUGUUGUUUACAUUCAGCCUGCCUAAGAAUUUCCCCAGGGAGGAAUCUGUUCCUGCUGUGGGCUGCUGCUGAGAGGGGGGCCUGCUGGGGUUAGGGUGCUGUUUGUGGAGUGGGCUAGGUGAGCGGCAUCCUAGGGCCUCCAUCUUGUCUGGCCAUAUUCCCGCUGGGCUUGGGCACAUCUGACCUUCAUGGAGUUGGUCCGUGCAGUCCGUCUUUUUUAUAGUCUCCAUGGAAACCUGUAUGGCUUCCCCUUCCCCACAGCUGCCCCUGAAAUAGCUGUUCCUCUAAGGUCCCCAACCUAAAGCUAUGUAGGUGGCCAGAUGGCAGGAGCAGGUGGUACAGGGGGACCAGAGGGGGCUGAGGAGGUCUGGGGCUUUCGGAGCCCCGUCCACGUAGUAUCCAUCUCUUUGGGAAACUUGCCCUUCCUGGAAGCCAGAGUUCUGAUUGAGCAGAAGUGUACUAGUUCUAGAGAAUUCCUCAACAAAUCGAUGUGCAUAGAUGUAGAAUCUUAAGCCAUUGUGGGCUGGGCUGUCUGAUCACUGGUCACUAGAUGGAUAAUUUGACCCGAGGGUUUUAGUGUUUCCCAUGGUGAUAAACCCCAGAGCAGCUGGAUCUAGAGCUGGUGGCAAAUCAAAGCUAUUAAAAAUUGACUUGUGUGGGA